UCCAACGAGAAUCCAUUUGUCAUUCAAACUUUGUGCUUUCGUCUCGUGUUUAAUUAUUUUUGUCCGUUUUUUUUUUUCCGUUUUGACAGUCAAAAGAUGAGUCUCCAGGACGAGAGUUUCCCGGCGGACGAGCUGUUUGACCAGUUGAACAAUGUGAGUGGUCUGGGUGCUAGGAGCAACUUGUUUUCGGAGCAUCAUCAGCCGGCGGCCUUCGAGCGGGAUCCCGCGCCAUUUUUGGAAAUCUGCUACGACAAUGCGGAUGGGGAUGGGGAUGGGGAUGCGGAUGUGGCCAACAAAAGUGCCAAAACUUGUGUCAGCGAUCCUGUGGGCCGCGAUCAGGAGGAUGAGGAGGAUGAUGAUGCCGAUGAAGGAUGUGCCGUAAUCAGCAACGGACGCAGCAACAAGGCUGUGUCCUACCAGGACAUCCACUCUGCGUACACGAAGCGCCGCUAUAGGCAUGUGACCAGCAAGGUGGGCCAAUACAUAGCGGAAAUCCAGGCCCAGGAUCAGAAGCGACGCAGUGCGUCGCGCAUGGGCUUUCAGCGGCACAGCUCCAUGCCGGAAUACCUGACGCCCAAAUCGCGUCGGACCGAAGGUCACUUUGAGGUGGAGAACGAGCUGCCCAAGAUGGAUAACUCCUCCCACUCCUACUCCAAUUCGAGCUGCAGCUGUGAACGUCUGCUGGCCAAGGUCGAGAGUCUGCAGGAGGAUAAGGAAAGCCUGCAGCACGACAAGGAGCACCUCCAGGCGUACAACGACUAUGUGCAGGGCUGCCUAAACAAGAAGAUAGCCGAUAUGCUUCAGAUGAGGCACAACUUUGAGACACUGCGCACCGAGCUAAGCGAUUGCCAUCAGAAGCUGAGCCGCUACCAGAACCACUCUGUGAGGUCCUUGAACUCCUGGCUGCCGACAGGCAUUGAAAGGGCCACUCAAACGGACUUCUCGGCGGCCACCUGUCCCUCCGCCACCGGAAAUGCCUUGGCCCUGACCACGCCCCAUCCCCAUUCGAUGGACAACCUCUCCUUCAACAGCACCGAUGGCUCCAUUGAGAUGGCCCUGCUCAGUGUGACGCCUCCAGUUCGAAUUCAACAGAAUCCCGGCCGCUCCAAAAUGGCCAUUCUCCCACAAUCUCUGGACUACAGCAGCGUCAUCAUAGAAGCAGAUGGCAGCGGAAACGGCGAGGUACGAGGGGACUCCUCAUCUCGGGAACUGGCCAGAAGAGAACCGGCGCCCAACAACUCGGAGUCCAGUCAACCGAGCAGCAACGAUUCGGCCAUCGAGGUGGAGGGUCACGAGGAGGAGCGGGCCUCCUCCAGGCGGAGGGGUCACCAGGCGGAUAGCGGGGGCAUUUACUUCUUCGACAAGCGCAACAGCAGGGUUGUCGAGGUGCUGCGCAUCAAGCUCAGCCAAAAUCAAAGUCUGGACACGAGUCAAAAUCAGAGCAUUAACGAUAGCCAGGCGCAUCUGCUAGUCCAGUCGAUGUCGUCGUCCCACCGACAAACACAUGUCCAUCUAAGGACGAAAAGGACCACCCUGGGCAGCCGAAUGCUCCGCCUUUUGGGGCCCUGUGUUCGGUGCAGGAAUGGUGACCCAAAUAGUAGCAACGCCACAUUCACGGUGGGACUGCCACCAAUGGCGGAGGAGGAGUUUAUCGACCCACGGAAUCAAGGAUAAUCCCUCAUCCGAAAUUUUUUAUUUAUUUAUUUGUAUUAUCAUAUUUCGUUAUUUUAUGUCUCAUUAAGUUACCCACGUCGUCAGCAUUUUAUUGCCCCGUAUUCAGUUAACCAACCAUAUGUGCAUGUGUAACCAAAUUAAAAUCUUUAAAUAUUUUAUAAACCAAUUCUUCCAAAAUAAGAAACUUGUCGAUGUAUUGUAGGAGAAAUGUUAAAUUUAUUUCUUUCCGAGUAUAUAUGCUUAAUUUAAUAAUAAAUUUGCACAUUUCCAGUUA